GGAGGGAGGGGCGGUGUGGGUUUUUGGGUCACCUCUGGGUCCUAACGCCCAGGGAGUCGCUCGUCCACACUCCGCUCUUACUGCCUGCUGGCCUGGUGCUGCCAGCCGCUGCUUGGGGCCAGGGCGACCCUGCAGAGUGCUUGCUGAUCAGGCUAUCUGAGGCUCAGAAAAUGACAAGGCAGAGCUGACCUACAGGUUUUAAUGUAUCCAUAUGAUGCAAAAAGAAGAGUAAUCUUUGAAGUGUCUCAGUUUCUGUAAAAGAAUAAAAUUGAAGAUUAUGUUCUUUAUCCAGACACUAUAGAUUAAAAAGUUGGAGAUUCGUCAUCAUGAAUUCUACCCCACCAAUCAGUUACACUAUUCCUGAAAUCAAACGUCUACACUGUAUCCAGAGUGAGUUGAGGCUACUGCAAAAUAGUAGUCAGUCAGAGCUGGAUGUUACUGAAGAUCUGAGAAGGAAACUUCAUCAAGCCAAAAAAGAAAAACUGGACAUAACCACUAAACAUAACCAAGAUCUGUCCAACUAUGAAAGCCAGAUUGCCAGGUUGCGAUCUGAAGUUGAGAAAGGAGAGGCCAUUCGACAAAGUCUGGAGUAUGAACUUGUCAUUGCCAGAAAAGAUGCUGGUCUUGAAAGAUACUCUGCAGAGGAAAAGUUAUGUGAAGCUAGCACUCGAUUUCAGCAGCUGCAAGCUAUGAAUGCAGAGCUUCAACAGAAAUUGGCUGAGAUCGAGAGAGUGUUUCAUAUUUCUCAGCAGAAUUGGAAGGAACAGCAGCAAAGACUUACAAGUGACUUAGAAGAGAAAGAUAACAUCCUCAAGACCUGUAAUAGUGAAUAUGAGUUACUUCUGAAGGAGAGGACUAAACUGGAAAAUGUUAUACAGGAGACUCUGGAGCAUCACAAGGAGCAGAGGAAUAUGAUGGAAUCGCAAAUCAGAGAGACAGCAUUAAAGGAGUUUAGGUUUCAGUUAGAGCAGUGUGAAGCAGAAAGAAGAGAGUUCCAGUUUAUGUUGCAGGAGCGAAACAAUGCACUGCAGAAUAUGCAUAAGAAAAUACAAGAUCUGGAAUUGGAACAUAAUGACUGCACUGACAUUCUCCGACGACAGGCCAGUGAACUUGAAUACAGUACUGAACGAGAGGAGAGACUUAAAAAAGAUCUUGAGGCAGCUACUGUGAGAGUGAAGAAAUUGGAAGAAAAUAUUGAGGCAGAGAGAGCAGCACAUCUGGAAUCCAAAUUUAAUUCUGAAAUUAUCCAGUUAAGGAUUCGAGACCUUGAAGGAGCUUUGCAGGUAGAAAAAGCCAGCCAAGCAGAAGCUCUUUCUGAUUUGGAAAUGAUCAAGAAAGAGUUCAAAGAGGUGGAAAACGCAUAUGAGAGAGAGAAACAUAAUGCCCAAGAGAGCUUGGAAAAGCUCAAUAUAUUCGAAAGAGAGUAUUUUUCCACAAACAAGCAACUAAAUGAAGAGAUCGAGGAAAAGAAGAAAGUAAUUACAGACCUCUCUGAGAGACUCCAGGUUAAUGAAAAAAGUUGCAGAGAAUUACAGGAGGAACUUGCAAAAGCCAAGAAACGCCAGGCCUUCCUAACAGAGACGUGUGAAAACAACGUGAGAGAACUGGAGUUACUCUUGGACAGCUUUAGUAUGUCAAGCCAGCGGACAGCAGGCAGUCGCAAGGACAAAGAUAAACCUCCAAGCCUCUCUGUUGUCCUUGAGACUUUGAGGAAUACCUUGACAGAUUACCAAAACAAGCUGGAAGAUACAUCUAAUGAGCUAAAGAAAAUGAAAGCUUCAUGUGAGAAGAUGACAAAAGAAAUUGACUCAUCCAAACAAAAAAUACAGUCUCAAAGUCAAGACCUUAAGGAAGUUCAGGAUAACCUGGCUGAUGCCAAUGCAGAGUUAAAUCAUCUACACACUAAGUGUGCAGACAGAGAGGCUUUAACAGGCACUUUAAAAAUGGAACUACAGAAUGUACUGCACUGCUGGGAGAAAGAGAAAGUCCGUGCCACAGAAUCAGAAAAUGAAAUCCAGAAGCUUACCAGGGCUUACCAGAAGGAUACUGAGGAGAAGCUAACCUUCCUCCAUACUUUAUAUCAGCAUUUGGUAGCAGGCUAUGUGCUUAUAAAACAACCAGAAGGCAUCCUGGAUAAAUUCUCCUGGCCUGAGCUUUGUGCAAUCUUGCAGGAGAAUGUUGAUGCCCUGAUCUUAGACCUCAGCAGGGCUAAUGAGAAGAUAUCUCAUCUAGAAUAUAUUUGCAAGAACAAGUCUGAUACCAUGAGGGAACUUCAACAGACCCAGGAAGACACUUUUAACAAAGUGGCUGAGCAGAUGAAAGCACAGCAAAGCUGUUGGCAGAAACAGAAAAAGGAGUUGGAGCAGCAGUACUCUGGACUCCUUGGGGAAGUUCAUGCAAGGGCACAGAAAUAUCAAGAAAUUGCAGAAAAAGCCAGGGAAAGAUGUUCUGUCAUUGAAAAAGCACGAGAGCAGUUGGUCCAUGAAAUUUCACAAUUGAAAAGUAUAUUAAUACAGACACAAAAGGAACAUGCGUCUCUGCUGGCAGCCUGUGCACUAAUGGGUGGUGCCUUAUAUCCUCUAUACAGCCGAUUAUGUUCCUUGUCUACACAAAGAGACUUUCUCCAGGAUCAGGUCCACACCUAUGAAGUACUCAAACAGGAAAUUAGGACUCUAGUCAGUGCUUUGUCUGAUGUAGAGGGAAAGAGGCAAGAUGAAGUGAAGAUAAAGAAAAAGCAUUUCAAAGGCAUGAUACAUGUGUUCCGGAAAGGUGUUAUUGCAGUUCUGGCAGCACACAGACUUCAAAUUUUGGGACAGUCAAGUAGCUCUCUUUUCUCCUGGGUAGAUGGUUUCAAAGAAGGCAUAGGAAUCCUAGUUUGCAUAGGAGAGGCCAAGGGGAAACACAAUCUAUCAAAACACCAAAAGGAACAAAUCCAUUGUCUUCAAGCACUCAGCUGGUUUACUAGUUCUGACCUUCUUGCUGCAAUAAUCAGUUCGGUGGCUGAAUUACAGGAAGUUGUUAGCAAAACAGAAUUCUCCCUCCACCUGUCACGAGAGGAAGAUCCAAAUUCCUGGCUUUGUGGACACUUACUCAUAAGUGCAGCCAGGAAUUCUUUUUCAAAACUCAUGGACAAACUUAAUGUAUUAAUGGAGACUAUAGCAGUGGAUAGCAGCAGGACCAUCACAUAUGUAGAGAAGGACUCCUUGGUUCGCAGACUGGCUCGUGGACUUCAUAAAAUAAAUGCACAGGCACUAAAAUCUGGACUAGGUGAUAGAGUACCCAUUACAAAAAGCAUAGCAUCCUUGCAGAAGCAAAUAUUUGAAUUUACACAAAGGCUGCAUACAGCAGAAGUGGAACGCCGUUCACUACGCUUAGAACUCUCAGAAUUCAAACGGAAUUUGAAUGAGAUGAAAAAAGAGGCUGACAAAGCCCAGAGCCUGCAAGAGCAAUUAAAUGCAUUUAAGCAAUCUAAAUUGAUCACCCAUGAGAGGUUUGAAAGUGCAUGUGAAGAACUGAAUAAUGCAUUACAUCGAGAGCAGGAAGCACAAAUGCUUUUGAAUGAGCAGGCACAACAGUUACAGGAGUUAAAUUAUAAACUGGAAUUGCACUCAAGUGAAGAAGCGGACAAAAACCAAACCCUAAGUGAAGCUGUAAAGAGUCUCUCCGAGGCAAAGAUGGAGCUGAGAAGAAAAGAUCAAUCUCUGCGUCAGCUCAAUAAACAUCUUACCCAGCUGGAGCAGGACAAGCGUCGACUGGAAGAGAGCAUCCACGAUGCAGAGAGUGCCCUCCGCAUGGCAGCCAAAGAUAAAGAAUUCAUUGCCAGUCAUAUGAAAUCUGUGGAAGCCACCCUACAGAAGGUCAGAGAUCAGAUCUCGCUGUCACGGACUGCGGCAACCAGGAAUGACUUCACCCUGCAGCUACCCAAACUGCACCUGGAGACCUUUGCAAUGGAAGGGCUGAAGGGCGGGCCAGAGGUUGUAGCAUUUCAGACUACCCAAAACAAGGGAAAAUAAGGUGAUACAUUAAGAAGAAUCUGCAGUAAUUAUGGCCACCCAUUUCUCGAACAAAACUUGGCAAGCUGAAACAAGAAUGACAAUAUGAACCCAUCAUUACAACAGCUUUGGAGAGGUAUUCAAGAUGCAUAGUCAGUGGGAGAAGCCCAGUUACUUCAAAGAAUACAACAUUAUUGGGGCUUUAUAGUUAAAAUUGCUGCAUAUGAUGUGAUUCACUACAAAGGUUGUUGUGUCACAAUGUCACUCUGCCUAAGCUUGGAAAUGCUAAGUAUAAUUCAUAGUGCCCUUGUGGGUACAGAGAUAUGUGAGAGCAGAGCCAGAGGUGUCCUUUCUGGCCAGGCAUGAAUGCAGUCAUGGAGGAUAAGAAGAGAUCCAAAUGUGAAUCCUGCAAUGAAUACAGGAAACAAGAUGCAAAAGACCCAUUGGAAUAAUCUGAUAACCCUUGCCAAGACUUUAUGAAGGUUUAUUUGAAUUAAACUUGAAAGCUAAUCUUUUGCUAGGGUCUACUACUCUUUUAAAAAAAAAGCUGUUGCACUACACAUCAAGUAGCAAUGUAAUAAUCUAUCAUAAAUCACAGUUUCUUGAGUUACACACAUUGGCCCACAAUGAAAAGUGACUCAUUUCAUCAGUUUUCUGAUGGAUCAGUUCAAGCAUACCAUAUGCAGGUGUUAAUAUGCAGAUUCAGUACUAAGAGCACGACCUUGAUUUUAGAAAAUCAAAACCAUCAAAGGAAUACAUGUAUAGCAUUGUCUCAAACACAUCUCACAAUACUUCAUUAUGAUUAUGAGUUCAGAAACUCACAUGCAGAAGGACAAAGCCAAUAUGAAACAAGCAUCUUGAACCAAAAUCAGUUAAUCCAGACAGUUAGAAAAGAGCUGUAUGCCAAAAAGGUAGAACAGGAGAAAUACAACAAGAACGUCAAACAUUUCCUCCCACUCGCAAUGGGGAUAAGCAUUAGAUCCCAAAUAGAAAGUGCCUGGCAAUUUACCAAAUUAAUAGCUCUGCCACACUGAAGUUAUAUGUCCUAGCCAACCUUAGAGAUUGGUCCUACCAGAGGAAUACAAUAUAUUUAAACAAAACCAAGGAGGAUUGUGGCUCCGUUUAUUGAGAACAUCCUGAAUGCUAAUGACACUGUUCCUCUGCAGACCAAGAUAAAACGUGUUUACCCAGUCACUGACAACAAACAUGGACUUAAGAUCCACCUUAACUGCCGAAAACUCCACUGAAGAUGAAACUAGUGGUAUAUAGCCAUGUGGUUCAGAGAAUGGUAGUUGCUGACAGAUGGGCAAUUAGAGACAGAAUAAUCCUCUCAUCUGUCAGGGGAUCUAUGUUGACCUCCAUCUUAGAAGUCAGCAUGUGCAUGUUUUUGUAAUUGGUUCUAUUAAUUUGUGGCUGUUUUUAUUUGGCAUUAUAUUUUAUUUGCAUUUUGAUUUUUUUUUAAAAAGAAGUGUGAUUGGCCACUGAAGUCAGAUACUGCUGUCUGUCAUGUCAUAGUGGCAGUAGCUUUUUGUAACCCUAACUCAUGCUAAGUGAUUAGGUCUAGGAAAUACAGUUCAAUCUCUUACGACUCCUAUGUAUAACCCUUUUAUUACAAGGAGAGUAAAAAUAUUAGAAAGGGAAAUGGAGAAAAUGUAGCAGACGCAUGAAUGCUCCCUUAUAGACAUGUGUAGUCUGUGUCUACUGUGUGGUGUGACUAAGCUUGAAUGAUUGUGUGUGGUGUGCGUGCACAGGACAGUUGGAGUGUGGUUAACUAGGUGUAUCAUCUGUGUCUGAAUUGGAGGCUCUGAAUGUGCGGGCUUUAUGUGGGUCUUGAAUAAGUACGUGCAUGUUUGAAACGAUUUCACAGUGUGUGUGAAAAGAUAUGUAAAGAUAAGACAGGUUUCUAUGAGAGGAUGAAAUAUAUAUUUCAAUGUGUGUCUGAGUUUAAAUAUAGAGCUUGUGUGUGUACAGAUGACUGGAUUCUUCUUUGAUUCAUUAUCGAACCAUUCCCUAUAUGGUGUUGGGGGAUACUGCUACCUUUCAAAUUAGACAUAAAACUGACCCUGACCAGCUCUGAGUAUUAAAAUCCCAUUGCAUUUUUCACAAACAUGAGUGUUGUUAGCUUUGGUGCCAUGAGUAAACUUAAAUUUAGAUAUCUAUAUUCUGCAUCAUUAAGUUCCCCGAUACGUUUGUUAAACUGUGUGUAGUGUUGGUAUGUGCUGCUAAGUGUUCAUUGUUCUAUUUGAAAGGUUGUCACGGGUUUCAUGUUCUGCAUAUGCGUUUAGGAUGUGUGCUUACCCUUUUUUUCUUUAGCUUUCCCUCCAACCUCAUACCGAUUUGGAUAUUUAAAUAUACUAUAUGUAAUUUAUAUACAUUUUAUAGUUUCCAAAGUACUAUGAAGUUCUUUGGAAUGAAAAGUGCUGUAUAAACACAAUGUUGUAUUAUAGUUAUUAGUAGUAAUAUAGUUGAGUACUGACACCUAUUCUCACUGAUAGAGUAUAGUCAUUAUAAAUUUAUAAGAAAAUUUUGUCCUUCCAUUUAUUUUAUGUAAAUUAUGCAUCCAUGUAUGAUGUAGUCAUGGCUUAUACUGUAUAGUAGGCAGAAGUAAAACUCAUUUUUUUAAAUCAAUUGGGCAAACAAGUGUAGUUUAAAUGUUGUAUUGGUUUUCACUUUCCUGCUUUUCCCCCCAAUAGAUUUAGAUUCAUUUCUGAAUAAAAUUAGAAGCUAAGAGAUUUUACAUAAAAAUUAGGUUUAUUGUAUUCAUCAAACAAUAAAAACAUUGUUUUCUUUCACA